UGUGGACGGGUAGUGUAGAUGUUGACAUAUUAAACAGUAUGUAAGGAUUCUAUCGUAGUAUUGAAAUAAUUGGAGCUACACCGAGCAGCGUUUGUGUUGUUGAAUUUACAGUUAUUUAAUGUAACUAAGUACUUUCUUAGUGACGCAGUCUGAAGUGACAGCAACAGCAGAGAGAGGCAGCAGCCAUGGCGCAGACCGGAGCUCACCUGACUUCUACGGCUGUGAACGAGCUGCCGUCGGUGUUUGAGGUUCUGGCUCAGGAGUCUCUGAUGGACGGACUCAAACCUGCACUGAAACACGCUGUGAAGGUUCUGGCAGAGUCCAAUCCGUCCCAUUUUGGUUUCCUGUGGCGGCACUUUGAUGAGCUCUACCUGCUGCUGGACCUCCUCCUACAGAACCACUUCCUGUCACACUGCAGCGCCUCCUUCUCUGAGAACUUCUACGGCCUGAAAAGAGUGUCCGGCGGGCGGGGAGCUCCUCUUCACCUCAGCCUUCACAGGAAGUCACACUGGCGAUCCCUCCUGCUGUUGUGCGUGGUGCCGUACCUGCGGGCCAAGCUGGAGGCCACGUUGGCAAAGCAGAGGGACGAGGAGGACUUUUCCAUCCAGUUAGCACGCAGCAGGAGCCAGAGGUUGUACAAGGCGGCGGUGGCGGCGUAUCCGUACGUCAGCUCGGCCUGGCAGUCCUGGGUCUUCUGUCAGCAGCUGCUCUUUAUUUUUGGAUUCACAAAGACUCACAGUCCUCUGCUGUGGUUGGCCCGGGUCAGACUGGCACGACUCAGUGCACAAGACAUCAGAGACAUGGAAAUGAAGACCAGCAACGGUGGCAACCUUGUUGACAAGAGCCUGGCUCAGAGGGUCUGGUGGUUGAUGUCACGUGCGGCGAGGGGCGUGGCCGUGUCCCUCUCCACCUCCCUGUCCCUGGGCGUCUUCUUCCUGCAGUUCUUGGACUGGUGGUACUCCUCAGACAACCACAGCACAGUGAAAGCUCUCACCUCCCUGCCCGUUCCUCCACCCCCCCUUCACCUGCAGGAGGAGCACAGCGGCAGCAGGGAGUCGCCGGUCGUCCAGGGUAAAGAGUCCGUGCGUGGCUGUGACGGCAGGAGCUGCCCGCUGUGUCGGAAGCUGUGCACGAACGCCACGGUUCUGUCCACCUCUGGCUUCGUCUUCUGUUACCGCUGCGUCUACAUGUACGUGAAGGCGAACCGCCACUGCCCUGUCACGGGGUAUCCUACUGAACUGCAGCACCUGGUCAAGAUUUACGCACCUGAGAGUUGAACCACUGCACUCGCACCUGUACUAAUCGCCCACAGGUGGCGCUCAUCUUAAAGAAAUAAAACUGGAGAAUUGUCAAGAGGGACUUUCCUGCACUUUUGAGAAAAAAAAAAAAAUCUGACAAAAUCCAUCUGCGUUCUCCUGUUGCACAGAUGACUUUACCUUAUAACUGGACUUCUUCUUCUAUAAAUUCCAGCUACAGUGCCUCCUUGUGGCUGAAAUACUGAACGUUGUUUAACCAUAUGCUGUAAUGCAGACAUUUGUUGUGCCUUUUUGAUCUUCCUGGAUAUGUGCAAAUAUAAUGGUAGAAAUGUAAAUUUGUUAAAUGUAUUUUACACUAAAAUAUUU